CCGGGGCAGAGGUGGCGCGGUCGGUGGAGGGCGCUUCGCCCGCGGAGGAGGCAUGUGGUGCGGGCUGGGGCCUCUCGCGAGUCCCUGCCGAACCCAUUCAUUCCUCCAUUCGCUCCACAAGUGUUCGGGUAGCCCCUGCAGUGCGCGCUGGAGUCCGGCGUCAGGGAGGCGCAGGGGCUGAACCCAGUUCACAUAGGAGUGUGUUGGCGUUCCUGUGGGAGAGGCGGCCUGGAAAUCGGGAAACUGAGGCACGCACAAACAGUUGUGUACUUGCUGGGAACCACUGGCUCAUGUUCUCUGUUGAUGCAUAAACCCUAGGGAUGAGUGUCUUUAAUCUGAGCCGGUACCUUGGACAAACGCCGUGCCUCUCUUGAGAAUGACCAGCAGAAUUUGUUCUGUGCACCUACUUCCUACCUGAUAAAAGUGUCAGAUAGUGAAUAAUUCCAUUUUCUUUAUUAAACAGGGACAUGGACAUGUGCAGCCUGACAUUAGCUUGUACUCAUAUUCUGGGUUUUCGGUGACAGGUGACACACAGUUGAUCUUAAGUACCAAUCAUAGAGUGAAAAUACUCUGUAUUUUAGAGACAGAAGUUAAAAGCUUUUCCAUCCUGUUUACAGAAAGUUUGCUUUUUAUCUCUAAAGAGGCUCAUGACCCACCUGAAUACGUGAAUUGAAGGAAUGAGGCGUUGCAAGGAAAGGCUGCUGGCCCUCCCAUUCCUCCUUUCACUUCUUGCCAUUUUCUUGUAAAACUUUGGUUGUCCCGCAUGGGUCUUGGGAGAUGGGGCCGUUAUAGUAGCUGAUGGCAGUGUCACCUGGGCCACUUUUGAAGCCACACUGAUCACCAUGUAGCAUUUAAGACCUUUGGAAACGACACUGGAAUCAAAAUACCUGUCUGCAUUAGUUAUUCCGAACUGGAGAAAGCUACUUCAGGACGGUUUGGCUGAAUGGCAACAGUGAUGGAAUAUUUAUAUUUAGCCACAUGUGCUGAAUGUGGCUGUCACAAGUUUAAAAUGCUUUCGCGUAAGACCAUUUGUCUGUUACUCACUUGCGUUCUUUCUCAUCUAUAUUUAGAUGGCUUACUGUAGCUUUUAAAGGCACUGGCGUUUUACGUGGUGCUAGUGAUUCAUCCACCUGCUCCCUACAUUCAUUGUAGUCUGCUUCUGACAGUCUCCUUUAAGGAGAGCUUCUAGGCUUGUAAUUUCAUAUUUCAGCAGGCAGGCUAAAGACAUGUGGGAAAGUCUUCUGACCCUGGUUUCAGGUCAAAUCUCAGCACUCAGAAGAUUUAAACUCAUAUCCCAGGCAUAUGAAGUGCUUUCAGAUCCAAAGAAAAGGGAUAUUUAUGACCAAGGCGGAGAGCAGGCAAUUAAAGAAGGAGGCUCAGGCAGCCCCAGCUUCUCUUCACCCAUGGACAUCUUUGACAUGUUCUUUGGUGGUGGUGGACGGAUGGCUAGAGAGAGAAGAGGCAAGAAUGUUGUACACCAGUUAUCUGUAACUCUUGAAGAUUUAUAUAAUGGAGUCACGAAGAAAUUGGCCCUCCAGAAAAAUGUAAUUUGUGAGAAAUGUGAAGGUGUUGGCGGGAAGAAGGGAUCGGUGGAGAAGUGCCCGCUAUGCAAGGGGCGGGGGAUGCAGAUCCACAUCCAGCAGAUCGGGCCGGGCAUGGUGCAGCAGAUCCAGACCGUGUGCGUUGAGUGCAAGGGCCAGGGCGAGCGCAUCAACCCCAAGGACCGCUGCGAGAGCUGCAGCGGUGCCAAGGUGAUCCGUGAGAAGAAGAUUAUCGAGGUACAUGUUGAAAAAGGUAUGAAAGAUGGGCAAAAGAUACUAUUUCAUGGAGAAGGAGAUCAGGAGCCUGAGCUGGAGCCUGGUGAUGUCAUAAUUGUGCUUGAUCAGAAGGAUCAUAGUGUCUUUCAGAGACGAGGCCAUGACUUGAUCAUGAAAAUGAAAAUUCAGCUUUCUGAAGCUCUUUGUGGCUUCAAGAAGACGAUAAAAACAUUGGACAAUCGAAUUCUUGUUAUUACAUCCAAAUCAGGUGAGGUGAUAAAGCACGGGGACCUGAAAUGUGUGCGUGAUGAAGGAAUGCCCAUCUACAAAGCACCCCUGGAAAAAGGGAUUCUAAUCAUACAAUUUUUAGUAAUCUUCCCUGAAAAACACUGGCUUUCUCUGGAAAAGCUUCCUCAGCUGGAAGCUUUACUGCCUCCUCGACAGAAAGUGAGGAUUACAGAUGACAUGGAUCAGGUGGAGCUGAAGGAGUUUUCUCCCAAUGAGCAGAACUGGCGUCAGCACAGGGAGGCCUACGAGGAGGACGAAGACGGGCCCCGGGCUGGAGUGCAGUGCCAGACAGCAUGACAUGGUGCGGGGCAGCGUGGCCCCGCCGGACUAGCACAUGAUGAAUGUAAAGUUGGCACAAUGAAAAUGGAUCGCUUUAAUGGCCUCAUGUUUGGGAUGUCCUGUGUACGUGUUCAGCAUUCUUAAUUGCUGAGUGUCUUUUUGGUUUUUAUUUUGGUUGUAACUUAAGUUAUAGCUUAACUUAUAUUUAAAUGUUUUAAGUGUAAAUCACCUCUAGUCUGUAUAUGGAAUCUGUUCAUUUCUAUUUUCAGGAUAUACUUUUUGAGAUGUCAGUGAUUGCACCAACACUUUGUGCUUCUAGUGGCUUUGCCAUAAUUCAGUGUCACCAAUAAAGCACAGCCCAGUUAGCAGCUCAGCCCCCUAGAAAACCCCAAGGCACAAAGUGGGCAUCCUGGCCCAUCUCUAGGUCUGUGGUUUUUUUCCCCCCUUCCUUGGCAGAGUUAUUGAGGGCAUGAUCUCAGGGCUGCUACGAUAACAUUUCUGAGGAUUCUAGAUGAUCCUCUUAAAGAACAAAAGCACAUCCAUGGAUCGGACAUGGCUGCCUGUGCCUGCUUAACAGGGCCAACUUAGUUCCUACUGUUCUGUGCCCUUCAGUGGAUGGAAUGUGAGUGUGUCUGAUCAUCUCUCUUCGAAGUUUUCUGAACCUUCCAAGCUCUGUGGUGAGGACAAACCAGUGUUUUGAAUCAUAUGCUGAUAACUGUUUGCCUGUGACCCUCACACCUUGUUCUUCAUGGUUUUAAUGAUUUUCUGUUGACAACUUUUGCAAUGCUUUCCCACCAAAGUGCUUACCUGUAAAGAAAACUAAAUCGUUCUGUGUCCCCGGCAGCCUCAGUGCAGCAACGGAAGCCGAGGGAGAAUGCUGCUGGUUUGGCCCAUGGCACAGCCAGCUUCUCUGACCAGUAAUCUGGGGUGACUUGAGGGUCUGCAAAGGCAUAGAACUCCCCAGUGUUUUCCACCUCAUUCUCCCAGAUUCAGCUCCCUUCCAAAGGAUCGUUCCUCUCAUUGCACAGCCAUAUUACAAAGGGCUUCCUGCUCAAGUGAUGUUUUGGUAAGAACUGCUCUGAGUUCCACUGUGGAUUACAGUUUGUAUGGACUACUACUAUAAAUUAUAGCUUGUUUGGAGGGAUAUCAGUCAUCAUUUUAUUCCUGACAGGUAGACUACAAUUCGAACUUAGGGUUACCUCAGUCUUGAGCCAUUAUUGCUUAUUUCUUGCCCCCAAGUCACAAAAAACUUGUAAGCUGUUGGGUUAAAGCAGAGGCCGCCUGUCAGAUCUACCCUACCCUUAUUUGGUUACAUGGCACCUGAGAGUUUCACUCAGACCAGGGAUCUUCCUUAGGAGGGUCAAAAAGCAGAUCAGACCAUGCAGAAGCAGGGUGAACCAGCUGCACGGACCAGGUUCCCGCAGAACAUUGCUAGCUAGUGAGGCAUAAUUUGCUCAAAGUAUAGAAACAGCCCACCUAUGCCCACUUUGACCAUGGGUCAGGAUAGAUAUAAAAUCACUUCUUUCCAGCCUAAGUGAAAAAUCUAUUUGUAAAUGGACCACAUCUCCGGGGUGUUGUUUCUGUGCUGUGACUUCCUAAUUAUUGCUAAAGAACUACUGUUUCGUUGGUGAUGGAGUAAAAUUACAUUCAGUUCCUUCUUGUCAUAUAAGAGGAGUUUGGAGGGUGUUGCUUAAAAUUUUAUUCCACCUGUACAUUUGUCACUUUAAAUUAAAAUUGAGCUGGUAUGAGAGA